CUUACAAUUUUUUUCAUCAAAAAAAAAACUAAUUCUACAAAUAAACUCUCAAAACCAAGAGAAGGAGAAGAGCGAAGUGAAAAACACAAGAAAACGAAUUAAGGCAUAAUGGCCAAAUUCUUCAUCGUCUUCCUUGCCUCUGCCCUAUGUUUCACCACCCUCGUUCACUUCACCGCGGCUGAUGCCGACGACUUCGACAGAUUCCACAUCAAGGGAUCCGUCUACUGCGACACAUGCCGCGUCCAAUUCAUCACCCGUCUCAGCAAAUUCCUUGAAGGGGCAAAGGUAAAGCUUGAAUGCAAGGGCCGUGAGAACCAGACAGUGACACUAACCAAAGAAGCUGUGACCGACAAAGCCGGAAACUACCAGAUGGAAGUAAUGGGAGACCACGAGGAAGAAGUGUGCGAGAUCGUCCUCCUCCAGUCACCUGACGCAGAGUGUGGCGAAGUGAACAACCAAGAGUUCCUAAGAAACGCAGCAAGGAUCAGUCUCACAGCCAACGAUGGCAUUGUCUCAAACGAGACUAGAACCAUUAACCCACUUGGGUUCAUGAGGAAGACUCCUCUCGCUGAGUGUCCUCAAGCUUUCAAGGAGCUUGGCAUCGUCCCUGACGUCACCUUCUAAGCUUUAACAUAAUAUACAUGCAUUACCCCUUAUUAUACAUCUCUCAACAAUUUUAAUUUUUUGAUAACUCCUUUUGUUAUUAUAUAAAACAUUUAACAGUGUUUUUUAAUUUUAUUUUAUAUUUUUGUGUUCCAACAUUUUUUUUUUUGUUGUUUUAUUUUUGGGAGUUCUUUGUGUUUACGAAUGAUUUAAUUACCUUCCAAUAUUGACUU